GCUACUCGUCCCGAUGCCAAUGUUUCUUUCUUCUUCGUGAAAUCUAGAGCUUAUCAGAUGGGCCUGACACUGGACCGCAGCAUGGGCCCAUCAAUGGAAUGGAUAACAAAAGCUAGAGGGACGGAAGAAGUGGUGAAAAGUAGGGAGAAUCAGAUGUUGGUGCGCUUACCAGUAGCAGCUGCAAGCACCGUCUCUGUCUUUCUCCGCCGGCGAAUCCCCGCCGCUUGUCUGCUAUCCACGAUGACUUCGGAUUCCUUUGGUGCCGCCUUCACGACCAUCAAAGAAAUCGUAUCCUUAGAGAAAGAGAUUAAAAAGAGCAAAUUCAUCGCAAUCGCCGGUCCUAUCUCCAGUGACCAAUCGGCUCAACAGUUCCUCUCUCAGGUCAGAGAUCCUCGCGCUACGCACAACUGCUGGGCUUACAAGGUUGGUGAUCAACAUCGAUCUAAUGAUGAUGGUGAGCCAUCUGGCACAGCAGGAAAGCCGAUGCUGUCUGCAAUUUGUUCAUCUGGAUUAGACAGAGUUAUGGUUGUUGUCAUUAGGUAUUUUGGGGGCAUCAAACUCGGAACCGGAGGUCUUGUUAGAGCAUAUGGUGGUGUUACCUCUGAUUGCUUGAAAACUGCUUCGACUUGCCUUGUCAAAUCUAAGGUUCAAAUGGGAGUCGAGGUGACAUUUGAUCUUUUAGGUGUUGUUUACAAUCAGCUGCAGGCAUGCCAGGCUGAAGAUAUCAAGGAAGACUAUGAUACUGGUAAAGAUGGUACCACCAUGGUUUCCUUCAAGGUUGAUUUUGACCAGGUUGAUAAAUUAGAGGAUGCUAUCAAAUCUAACUGCAAACGAGACCUUGUCUCUUUCAAAAACCUAGCAAAUGGUAGCCAACUCUGUUAAAACAUUAUCCAGUAAUUGUUACAGGAAAAAAGUAAAGCUAUUUCUUUUGGUUUGUUCUUAGCAACUUAAUGAAGAAUGCCUCGUCCAAGAUUAUGACCCUGCUUCAACCAUAUGUUACGUUAUGUAUAUUGAUGGCCUACUACAGGACCGGCUUAAGGGCCCUGUGCUAUAUUUUCAAGGAAGAAUUUGUGAGAUUUAUGUUUGGAGAAGAAAUGAAAUGUAUGUCAGUGAUUUUGACAUGAUUAGGAAACUAACAAUUAUGUAUAAGGUUAGUCGGUUUUAACCUUCUUUUAUACAAGUAGUAGGUGAAGG